AUGAUCCGAGGCUUCUUGGCCGGUGCUGAUGAGGAAAUGCAUAGCCAUGAUCCGAAGCUUGUUGGGUACAAAAGUGGCUCAAGCAGCUGGAAGAAGAGGUUUUCAAAGCUGACAAUGUGCUGGACGAGCUCAACUAUGAAAAUCUUCGUCGGAAGGGAGAUCAACACGAACCUUCAAAGGAUCCAUCGGGAUGCCGAAGGUUUGGGACUGGCCUACAAGCACCAAGUUGAAGUAGCAUUCGCUACUAUAGCAGCUGGAGCCACAACAAGCCGACAGACCGACUCUACUAUUGUUCGAAGAGAUGUCCUAGGAAGAGACGAGGAUGAAUCAGAAAUAGUUAAGAAGUUGUUGACCGAAACUGAAAGUGUUAUUUCAGUUAUUCCCAUAACUGGCAUGGGUGGUUUAGGCAAAACAACUCUAGCUAAAGCCAUUUACAAAAAUGAGCAAAUUGUUGGGCAUUUUGACCAAACAAUGUGGGUUUGUGUGGCUGAAAAAGUAGAUAGAAUUGAGGUGGUCUUCAAAUGA